AUGCCACGUAAGAAAGAAGUCGUUAGUGGGAAAUUUGUGAAAUACGAUGCGGUCGUACUUGGCUCUGGUCCUGCUGGUGAAGGCGCGGCAAUGAAGCUUGCUAAAUCGGGUAAGCGUGUUGCAAUUGUAGAUAUUCGUGAGCAACUUGGUGGUAACUGUACCCAUGUCGGCACCAUCCCAAGUAAGGCUUUACGUCAGACAGUUUCAAGUAUUAUCCGUUACCAACGUGAUCCAAUGUUUAAAAAAGUAGGGGAUUGGAAACAAUUCACUAUGAAGCAAGUUUUGCGUAAUGCGCAUAAAGUGAUUCAACAGCAAGUUGAUACACAUUCACGUUUUUAUGACCGUAACCAUAUCGAUGUAUUUCACGGUCGCGCAUAUAUCCAAGAUAAAAAUACGGUGAUUAUUUUUAGCGAAGAUGGUGUCAAAGAAACUUUAGUUUUCAAACAGCUUGUGGUUGCCACAGGUAGCCGUCCUUAUCACCCACAAGGUUUAGACUUUAAUCAUCCGCGUGUAUUUGAUUCAGAUAAAAUUUUAGAUUUGGAUUACCCAAUUCAUAAAAUUAUUAUUUAUGGCGCGGGUGUAAUUGGUUGUGAAUAUGCAUCUAUCUUUAUUGGUUUAGACCAUAAAGUUGACUUGAUCAAUACACAGCAUCAGCUGCUCAGUUAUCUCGACGAUGAAAUUGCUGACGCGUUGUCUUAUCACUUACGUGAACAAGGCGUGUUGAUGCGUCACAAUGAGCAAAUUGAUCAUUUAGAAACGUUUGAUGAUCAUGUGGUCUUGUAUUUGCAAAGCGGUAAAAAAAUUAAAGCUGAUGCCAUUCUUUGGUGUAAUGGCCGUUCAGGAAAUACCGAUGGUUUAGGUCUUGAAAAUGUAGGUAUUACACCAAACAGCCGUGGGCAACUUGCGGUAAAUGAUCAAUAUCAAACCGAAGUUGAAAAUAUCUAUGCAGCAGGUGAUGUUGUGGGUUGGCCAUCCCUUGCUUCUGCAGCAUAUGACCAAGGUCGUUGCGCUGGUUCAAAUAUGAGCGGCGAAGAAAAUGUUAAACCAGUGAAAGACAUUCCAACGGGGAUUUAUACCAUCCCUGAAAUUUCAUUCUUUGGUAAAACUGAAAGUCAGUUAACUGCUGAAAAAAUUCCAUAUGAAGUUGGACAAGCAUCAUUCCGUCAUUUGGCACGUGCGCAAAUUACAGGGGAUACAGUUGGUGAACUUAAACUGUUAUUCCAUCGUGAUACCUUAGAGUUAUUAGGUGUGCAUUGUUUCGGCAAUAAUGCGGCCGAAAUUAUUCAUAUUGGACAGGCAGUGAUGCAAAGUGGAAACAAUACCAUUAAGUAUUUUGUUGAAACGACAUUUAACUAUCCAACAAUGGCAGAAGCCUAUCGUGUUGCAACAUUGAAUGUUAAACUUGUGGAUGACGCUAUGAAAAUUGUUGCAGAUGAAAAUCUAGCAUUUACUGAAUAUUUCUUUUCAGAAUUUGGAACCAUUCAUCAAGCAGCAGGACGCAAUUUGACUCAUCAUGAUGUGAAUGAUGCAGAUGCGUUAUUGGUACGCUCUAUAACAAAAGUCAAUGAACAGUUGGUCCAAGAUACAGCACUAAAAUUUGUCGGUAGUGCAACCAUAGGUACAGAUCAUCUAGAUAUUUCAGCAUUAGAAAAGCAUCAAAUUGCAUGGUCAAAUGCAGCAGGUUGCAAUGCACAAGCCGUUGCAGAAUAUGUGAUUACAGCUUUAUUGCAUCUCAAUCAGGAUUUUCUAGAUUUAGGGAAAAAGUUUACUUUAGGCAUUAUUGGUCUAGGCAAUGUGGGAACACGAUUAGCAUAUAUGGCUCAGUUGUUGGGCUGGAAUGUAAUUGGCUAUGAUCCCUUGGUACAACGAGAAAAUGUUCAGCAAGUUGAAUUUGACGCUUUAUUAAAGAAAGCCGAUGCGAUCAGCAUACAUGUGCCUUUAACCCAAACAGGGUCGUUUGCAACACAUCAUUUAAUCAAUGCUAAUGCAUUGGCGCUAAUGCAGCCAGAGACCAUUUUAAUUAAUUCAGCGCGUGGUGCUGUUGUUGAAGAAGCAGCAUUAAUGGCAGAUAUCUUAAAAACACGUCGUAAAGUGGUGUUGGAUGUUUUUGAACAUGAGCCUGAGAUUUCACAACGUCUACUGGAUUUAAUUACAAUCGUGACGCCACAUAUUGCGGGUUACAGUUUGGAAGGUAAAGCACGUGGUACUCAGAUGAUUUAUGACGCAUUUUGUAAAACAUUUGCCUAUACCGCACAUAAGAAAUUUGAAUCACAAUUACCGGCAUGUGAACAAUAUUUUUAUGGCAAUAACAUUAAACAAACGUUAAAAAAAUACUUAGCUGAAAUUUACAAUAUUCAGCGAGAUGAUGAAAAUUUAAGAGAUUGCUUAAAGGACGGCAAGGUGGAUCAAAAAGCCUUUGAUUACCUUCGUAAAACUUAUCCUUUGCGCCGUGAAUGGGCUGCUCAUGGAGGACCAAAAGCAUGA